UUGACCUGCUUUGUUGUGGCUGCGUGUCUCCGCGCGCAUUGUUACGGGCAACCGCGGCUCUCACGCGCUCCUCUGGUUCUCAUGGCAGUGGCAGCGAAACAGCCAGAAGACGCUACAGAGAGACGCUCGGUGAACUUCAGCCUGCGGCGCUUUAUAAAGCGGUUUGACGGAGAUGACGGACAUCCUGCGGCUGCUGUCCGAAGCGGACGGGCGGACAUUACCUCCUCUCUCCCAGCUCUCUGAAAACGAUAUACAAUGUAUUUGGGCGGAUGUAUCUGCCUACAUUGAACGUCAGAUGACCUUACAAAAGGGGGUCCACCUGGCGGGACUGGGGACCUUCACCUUCUCUCAGCAGAAGUUGGACAUCGGAAACAAGUACACAAUGAUCCAACGACCCAUCUUCCUCUUGUCUGGGAAGCUUGUCCAGUCUCUGGGGUUAAAGCAGGUCAGACCGCUGGCUGCAGCAACACACCUGCCAGUGGUGCAACUGAACUUUGCCGCUGUGUCCCAAGAGACUCCUUUCAGCCGAGACGUGGUGGAGGGCUGCGUUAGAGAAACUCUUCUUCUCCUCUUCAGAGCUUUGGCCUCUGAACAAAACAUAUUCCUCAUCUUCCAGGGAAUUGGAGUCUUGUCCUUCAAGAACAACAAGGUGCAGAUGAAGUUCAACAGAGCUUUUAUUACCGCUAUGGAUGGAACUGGUCGGCUGCUGUUAGCCUUUAACAAGAGACCUGGGAGCAGUGUCUCUUUACUGUCUGGGGGCCUGUCCAGGCUUCAGAGGCCACAGACUGCCACCCCCGUCACCCUGCCAGCUGUCUGCUCUCCUCAGCCGGACAACAACGCUGGGGACAAAGACGUAUGGCGCUCGUCACCAGCUCCAGACCAGAGGAAUGCAGGAGAAGUUCCCCAACAGAGAGAAUCCAAACAUCAUCAGCCACUGCAGCCUGCCAAGAUGAAAACUGUCAGCCUGUUCGAAGAACUGAAUCCAAAACCCCCCAUGGAGGCCACAGACGAGCCCACCAUCUCAGUCACACCACCAGAGGUCACUCCCAAACUGGAGAAGCCUCGCACAACCGUUAGCUGCUCUGGCCACACCCGUGCUGGACAGGAGCUGUGCUACCUGUGCAUGCAGCGGGCCCAAAGAAAUGUCCCAGUCUACCUGAGGGAGCAGCAGCAGGCGGAGGAGAGAGCUCAGGAGAAACUGUUACUGCUGAAGGAGCAACAGAGAGACAAGCUGUACAUGGACCAAGAACAGGAGAAGCUGAAUGAGCAACGGAAGCGUGCAAAGCAGGCCGCUACAUUCAACCUGCAAAUGUUAGAGAAGAAAGAGAAGACUUGCUGCUCUCUCUUCACUACUUCGUUCGUCUUCCCGGCCCGGCCCUUCACCCCUGCCAGGAGGAUCCAGCAGCAUCGCUACAUGAACGAGCUUCAGAGUCAGAUAGACACCCGGCGGCAACAUGAGGCUCAAGACCAGCAGACCCGUCUGCUCCUGGAGCAUCUAGACCAGGUCCAGCUGGUCCAGGAGGUAGCUUUGCAGAACGCUCAGCAGCUCCAGCAGAAACAUGACAGAAUUACGCACUACAAGAGGGCUCUGGACACGCAGGUCGGAGAUAAGAAGUGCACAGAUCCUCCAGAGUGCCAAGCUGACAACUCUGGGUUCAACCGCUGCGUGACAGCAGCCAACAACGCUGAAGGUCGAGAGAGGGCACAGAAGCUCUUCCAAGUGAAUUUCAGUGCUUCCACUCAGCGGAAGAAGGAAGAACUGCACAGCCGCCACGCAGAGCUGGAGAAAGAGAGAGAAGUUCUCAAAAACAACAAAAUGGGGUUAAUAUCGGGUCGCAUCAAUCGCUUCGAGAAGAAGCGAGACAUCAGUAAGUCACUGGAGGACGAGUGGAGUCGCAGUGCAAAGCUCAAACACCAGCGAGAGGAAGAAGAGACGCGCUUCCUGAGAUCUGCUGGUGAGCUCCUGGUCGAUAAACUGGCCCAGUACAGGCGCUGCUGCCAGUGUAAGAGGAGGACCACCAACUGUGGAGAGACCAACAUCUGGAAGGACUCUCAAUACCUCUCUGGCUCACAAUUCAUGAUCUGAUGACCAGUGUAGCCCACAGCAGCUACAACUUGAACAUCAAUACCUGAGAACCUAACACGAGACCUCAAUCCUUGUGCCUCAUCAUUUGUGUCACUUAAGAUUUAAAUUGGACAGAUUAUGAAAAUUCCACUUUUUUAGUGCUUCUAUACGUUAAUUUGGGUAUCUGGCAUGUCUCCCAACACAAAAACGCUGGAAAAAAACAACUCACGCGGCUUGUUGUGAUUCCUCUAUGUCAGAAACGAUAUGCUUGAGUGCGUCAAAUGGGAUCACCACCAACGUCUACGUAGAUUUUGAAGCACGCCCAUGUAGGGAGUCUGGCUACAUGGCCUUGGACCGCCCCCCACCACAACUUUGCAGGUAAAGUUUAUUUGAAAGUUGUGUUCAUAUUAGACAUGAGUCAUCAAAUAAGUCAUAAGUCAUCAAAUACAACGAUUUAAUAAGUAAACAAGGUUUAAACGCUAAUUAAUGGAGGUAAAAACGUUACCCCCGCCCCUGCUUGGUCACUUACUGUUGUCAGAUAACACUUUAGUUUACAGAUGGAACUUUACUCAUGUAGCAUUUAUAUCUUUAUGGCGUUCCCGUUACUUGCAUUUACACAAACACUUUCACAAACAGUAACUUACAUAAACACACUGUAUUUGCUACAUACUCAUACAGGGCUCUCAAGUGUCACGCAUUGAGCGUGAGACUCACGCAUUUCGGUCUUAAGUCACGCACUCCCGCCACACAUCGUAUUUCUCACGCUGAAAAAAACUCUCGGCUAUUUAAUGUUUUAAUGUGCCGCAGCGCGCCAACAUGAGCUGGCCGCGCUGCCCUCACCGUGGAGGAAUCAAGCGCUCCCCUGGAGUUCUGCUGUGAGGAGCCACUUAUCCGCCAAUCCAAAAAAAGAAAUGGGCGACUGACUAAUAUCCGAGGAGGAGGGGGAAUGUCACUCUUGCCUAUCUUCAAAACUUGAGAGCCCUGCUCAUACAUGCACAAACUAUUCACGUACUCGAAUCUCUAGCACUACUAUGCUCUCAAAACCGCUAACAAGACUGUGAGACCUGAGCCAAUGUACAAACAAACAAAAAAUGUAGAAGUGACAUUCAGAAACGUCCUGUUGAGCCCUAACUUCUCGAACUUGUUCGGGAGCCUCUUCUUGUUCAGGGUCUGACUCUGGUUCAAAACGAUAUGGUUGCACGACGCUAUCUUCAUCUGCAGUAGCCAUAUUUCUACAAAGGUAAUGGCUAGCUGGGCAGGCAGCAGCUAGGCGAGCGCAUCUCGUGGAGGAGGGGGGAGGGGGGAGCUGGCUCAUUAGCAUUUAAAGGAACAGGCACUCAAAACAGGUACAUCUGUGGGGAGGUGUUUUUGACAGGGUAAAAAGGGUGCUGUUUGAAAUGAUUCUUGUGGUAUUUUGACCAAAAUAUGUUACAAACAUUUCAUUAAGACCCCAAGGAACCAUAUCAACUUGUGGAAAAAUGGGCAUACGAUGGGUCCUUUAAAGGAUACGUUAAGCAUAUACUUUUAUCGGCUGUGUUGGUGUGAGAUUUAUUCUCUCUUUUUGUCUGGUCAGAGUUCCUGUUUGUUGUACUUUUUAUUUUUCCUAGAAUGUGGUUGUUUUCGGAAUUUCUGAGUUUCCAGUCAGAAAUGUCAAUGUGAACGCCGCCUGAAUUCAGAUUUCCGACUGGGAAAGUUGGGCAAACCUCACCAAUCCCAACCUCUAAAUCCAAGAUGGCUGCUCGGUGCAUCUACAGAAAAAAUCUAUGUGUGUCAAGUUGUAUUAGUGACUGCAAUGAGCCUGCUUUAGGCUACAACUCUUUUUUAAAUGGGGUUGAUGCAGCCACUCUCAUGCUAAAUAUUGAGCUUUUGUUUUGAAGGGCAACAGCAGAAAACCGAUCUCACAAAGAUUGGCAUUUGGCAAAAAAGCAAUAAUUGGCCGUCGUGCAUGCGCGAGCGUAACCUGUUAACGGUGUAGCGUAAACAUGUGCACGAAGGUACAGGCAUUUCGUCAUGUAUUUAUCGAUGACUCGUACUUUGAACUUGUGUGAUAUGUGAAGUUCUCAAUAAAGGUAUUUCUGCAUUUC